GCACUGCUUGCUGAACUGCUGGCUGUGCGCCCGCCGGAACCAUGCGUAGACAUUUACUGGCAAUAGGGGCGUUGAGUCUCGCGACGGGAGCUGUGGGUUUUUUGUCCACCUCGCUCCUGCCGAGACCAUCUUCUAAGCUUGCUGGCAGCAGGUGGCAUCAUGAUCUUUGCAGGAUGUGCGCACCGUCUGCUGACGCGCAAGAGGGGGUAGGAGCAUCUCAGGCCUUCACCAGGGAGGGAUGGAUGAAGGCAACCGCGGCUGCAGCCGCGCUAGGGGUCGGGAUCGCUGUGUCCCCUGGUUCGUCGACAGCAGCAGACGGCGGAGCCCCCAAAGGACUGCCCGCCUCGGGGUAUUUCGUGCAGCACGCGGUGUUUAAGGUGCCCGACAUGGACGAGGAGGUGAAGUUUUUCACGGAGGGGCUGGGCAUGAAGGUCGUGCGGCAGAGGGAGGUGAACGGCGCUCGGAACGUUUUCGUGGCGUAUGGGGACGAGAGCCUGCAAAGCAAGGACGGGGGGUACUUUUCUUUGGAGCUGGUCUACGACCCGAAGGCUCCCCCCGGCUACAGCACGGGCGGGCCAUUCCAGUACCUCGGGCUCACUCUCAGCUCCACGCUAGCCACGAUCGCCUACAAGGUGGACGCUGCGGGGGGUACGGUGGUUCCCCACUGGUUCGGGACGAAGGAUUUCGUGGAGGCGACCUCUCCCAGCGGUACCACCGUAAGGGUCAAGGAGGGGAAACGGCGGGACCCCUUUUCAGUAGUGGGGUUCGGCACACAGUUCCCGGACAAGGCCACGGCCUACUUCCACAACGUGCUGGGAAUGAAGGAGCAAGACGCGGGUCUGCUCAAGGUCCUGGGUCCGCUGGCGGGCGACGCCCUGCGUCUUUCGGGGUACGACAAGGGGGGCGUGUCGGUGGCGCUUAACCCCGUCGACUCCAAGAUUUUCGAGGGGGGAACAUUCCGGAAGCUGGCAGUUCUGACGAAAGACACCAAGGCCUUGGCCGACAAGGUUUCGGCGAGCGGAGGCGCCAAGAAGACGGGGGGAGGGGACGUGCUCUUCGCGGGGGAGGUUCCGGGGAUCGGGACGAAGGUGGCCAACACGAUCGAUUUCGAGGGUCGAGGAGUGGUGUUCGUUGACUACGACGACUUCGAAGGAGAGAUGACGCCGCCAAGCUCGGAACAGGAGGAGUCCUAGGAAGACAGCAGCAGUAGUCUACGCAGAUUUCUCAAAGUAAGAAACCAUUCUGGAUAAAACGUAUAGAUGGGGGGGUUAGUUGGGGCUCAGGGUUAGGGCUAUAGAGUCUGCGUGCUGCCUGCUAGUUUUUCGUAACUAAGCUUGCUUUGUUUUGCGUAGGCAGUCGUGGGGAGACCGCUCAACAACCGUCCGGAAGCAGUUGUUGUAGGCUAAAGCAGUAAGCGCCUCUGGUUUGGACCGAGGCUGGGAUUCUUAGUUCCUAGGGUUAUGGUACAAAUGGCCGCAGUAUAUGUUUUAGUGGAGGUUCUUAUCCAGGCUGACAAAUGGUGCUCAGGUUCGGCUUACGAUGUCCUCAAGUUAUUAGAAUUUGAGAUUUUUGAGGCUCCAUGGAAGUGCCAAGUUCUUAGGUGCGAAAAAUAAAUACCUGCCAAGCUGUUCAGUGCUUUGAUGGCGCUACCUGUAUUCAGACGCUACCGAAAAACGGAUACAUGUACUUCGAAGGACAUAGACUAUAGAUGGUAGGGAGUUUAGUAUGGAUGGCCUCCGCGCCUCUGCCGUGGGGCGUUAUGUUAUUGAGGUCGAAAAUUGAACUUGGCAACUACAUCAGGCGCUCGGUUUUUGGCAGCCAACAACAAGUCGUGAGCUUCGCGCACAGCAGUAGAGGGUCUCAAGUGGUGCAAGGUCUCGUUGUCGUUGCUGCGCAUUGUGCAGGAGUAGUGCAGCAGUGACUACUGCUGUGGAGGUGGGAUUCGCGUUUGACGUAUCGUAGAGGCCCUCCGUCAUCUUUGAACGUCUAGUCUAACGUUGUGACCUGCCGCCGGUCUGCAGUCUCGCAAGCGUUGCCAGGCGGGGAGGGUGAUGUAUAUGUUGAGCGCCAGGACCGAACACGCACACGUGUACUUGUGCGUGUCAGUCCAAGAAUAGAUGUGAAGUAUCUCACACCCUCC